UGUGUAUUUCGUAGUUUAUGAAGUCCUCAUGCACAUUAUGUAUGCACCUGACCAGUCGUUUUUGAAGAUUAUUCAUAAAGAGAUUCAAUAUCAUGAAAGCAAUGCUGUGAUUGAUUUCCCCUCAAUUCCCAUGCGUCGCGUACUAUUAAGGGAUUAUUUAAAUGAGGUUGAGAAAAAAUGCUGGAAACAAGUAUACCCGUACAAGUAUUAUUUCUUAAAUCACUGCAUUUGAAUCAAGCAAUCAAAUGUGCAGGCCUCCGUGGAAGAUGGUUGUACAACGUUACUGUUGUGACCGACUCCAUGAGAAAUAAAAUCCUAUGCCAACGGUUUUACCAUAACUAUAAUGAUGAGCUCAAAGCCUGUUUUCGGAAACAGUUGGAGUAUACACUGUCCUGUCCGUGUCAAGAGGUGCUCAUGCUUGAGGUACGUAAAAAAAUAAAACAAAACGUAAAUAAAUUAAUCAGACAAAAUGCGGGUUAUGAAUAUAUUGCAAAACAACAGUUUCAUCGCUUACGUCGAUGUCUCAAAAGGUCGUUUUUGUUUAUUCAAAUACCAGUAUAAUUAUGUACUAGAUUAUUUAAGAGACAUUUGAAAUGAGAGUUAAAUUCUGUCAAUCAAAUAUCAAUUACAAGACACACACGUUGAUUGGCGUCAGGAACUGCUCUUUUUGCAUAAGACGUUAAUACGAUUGAACAAAAACAAAAUAAAUAUAAGCUCCAUCAAGUUUGAUUUGAAUUGUUCGCGUAUUUAUAUUUAAAACAAACAAAUGCAUAAUGUACCACUUUAAAGUGUGUUCUUAUCAAAAUAAAUCUAAACAUUACACACACGUUGAGAAACGCAUGUGAAAUGAAAUUUGAUUUGCUAUUUUAUUAAUUGGAGCAUUGUUACAGAUUUUUAUUGGCCAUGUCGCGUAUGUAGGCCAAGAAACAUAUUGAGACAGUGAAAUCUUCAUGUAACAUCUUGAUCAUGACUCGAAAACAGUAAAAAAAGCAACGACAUGCUCAUUAUAAACUGUUUUAGAAACUCUUUUCUUACUUGUAUGUAGGUAUUUAUUUCAGUGAGUUUGUAAGGUUAAAUAUGCAAAAAUAAUGGAAUUGUUAUCGUCAUAAAUGAAGCAAAAGUAAGUAUUCAUUUUCUUAAUUUCAAAAAUAUGCGAAUUCAAAUGGCGUUUAUAUUCCAGCUAAAACACGGGUCGAGAGCAAUCUCAGAAUUGAACGCCGUAAACAUGUUUUGCUAUGUGAACUAUACCCAUUUUAUAGAAUUUAGCAGACAGUUUCGAACACAAUGAUAUUUAAACCUAAACAACAUUCCAUAGGAAAUCGCACAUGAAGAUCGCAAAUAUGAAUUAUUGAGACGUACGCUACAUAAUUUGUAUAACAUCAAAUUAGCAGCGGAAUAUGAACAAAGAAGGGCGUUCGUGAAGAAACGCGGACAACAACAGCUUGUGAGAUUUUUAUUUUUAUUACAGGACAACACAUUCACCCGCAAUGACUCCCUACGCCCCGGUUUGGAAGCCACAUGACAUGCUACGAUUCCUGGUUCUUCAGCGCCUAUGGCAUCAAACACAGAUGCUGCUCCAUCAAACUGCAGACGCAGUAUCUGGGUGCAGUAGCGGCGGAGUUUGAUAACAAGACAAUGGAAGAAUUACUCGAGAAGGGUUACAAUCAGUUCUGCUCCUCUGGUGUCAGCAAGAAAUACUGUAACCUGUACCAGGAGAUAAACCCGCCUGAUGACUGCUCAAGAUACACGAUAAGCGACGAGAUACCGCUAAGGGAAGACAUCAUGCAAGAUGACCUUGGUGUUGAGAAGCAACAUGAGGACGCGGCGGUCGAGGGGAUGCUGGGACACUUCGUCAGAAGUGUGCGAAAAAUGUUUGGACUGUAAGCUUGACCACAUACACAUGACAAUCAUUAACAGUGUAACCAAAGUGUGAAAAAGGAUAGUUAAUCUUAAAUGUGCAUAUACAAACUGUAUAUGAUGUGUGUUGUAGAGUCUUCCAAUUAUAUGCAUUGUAACUUGGACCUUAGUUCGGUCUAAGAAAUGUAUCUUUAGACAGCUUUUGAUUGUUAAUACUUUUAAAAUAUGCUUCACUUGUUAAGUUCAAUUUUCAGAGGUUUCAUUGGAGUACUAUUAUUUCUAGAGACACAGUUAAUGUAUGUUUAUUACAUGUUUUGUCAGCGGGAAAACGUUGUGACAAUAAUUUGUAUACCUAUAGCUAAACGUACCGCAGAAUAUGUCAGCAUGAAUGGAAAAAGGGCUGGUGUAAUCUGUGUUUUUAUGUGUUUGCUGUUAAGUAUGUUACUUCUUAAAGCAUGGAAGUCAGUGCAAUUUGUAGUACUUAAGUAAUAUUUCGGAUUCGUCUGAAGGUGGUGUGUUUGAUCUUAUCAAGAUGACUGAGUUAAAUAUUUUUUUAGGAAUUAUAUUUUCAUCACAGUAUGGUUUCAAAUAACUUACAACCAGGAGUAUUUAUGUUUUGUGACAAUACCUUUAACAGAAAGGUAAAGUUUGUAACAAUUUGAUAGGGCACGUUUAAGACAUAAAUGAACUAUUUCAAACACUAAAUUGUGUCCAUACUUAUUGCAGAAUAACCUAACCUUUGUUCAAGACGUUCUGUAAAAUAAUCGAAAUAUAUGAGGUUGCACUGUUUAACCAUAGGAAAAUAUAAACUAUUAUUGAAAUUUAUAGAUUUCUUUCACAAAUAUUUGUGCUUUUACAA